AGGAGGAGGAGGAGGUUAGCCAAGGCAGCUACAGCGGCGGCGGCGCAGGGGCUGGUACGCGCUGGGCGGCGAGAGCCUCAUGGCGGAGGAAGAGAGCGACCAAGAGGCCGAACGCCUCGGAGAAGAGCUCGUGGCCAUUGUGGAGUCCCCGCCGGGGCCUGAGAGGCUUAGAGCUGCGGGUGACGGCGGAGGCGGCGCUGGCGGCGGCAGCUGCGGCGGCGGCGGCGUCGGAAUCAGCAGUCGGGAUUACUGCCGACGCUUCUGUCAGGUGGUUGAAGAUUAUGCUGGAAGAUGGCAGGUCCCUUUGCCACAGCUUCAGGUUCUUCAGACUGCACUUUGUUGUUUUACAUCAGCCAGUGCAUCAUUCCCAGAUGAAUGUGAGCACGUACAGUAUGUUUUGAGUAGUCUUGCUUUGAGUUUCUUUGAGUUGCUGCUGUUCUUUGGAAGAGAUGAGUUUUAUGAAGAGCCUUUAAAGGAUAUUCUUGGAUCAUUCCAGGAAUGCCAGAAUCACCUCCGCAGAUAUGGAAAUGUGAAUCUGGAACUGGUGACUCGAAUCAUUAGAGAUGGUGGCCCAUGGGAAGAUCCAGUGUUGCAAGCUGUUCUUAAAGCCCAGCCAGCAUCUCAGGAGAUAGUGAACAAAUAUUUAAGUUCGGAAAACCCACUGUUCUUUGAACUACGUGCCAGAUACCUAAUUGCUUGUGAACGCAUACCAGAAGCAAUGGCUCUUAUUAAGUCUUGUAUAAAUCACCCAGAAAUCAGUAAAGACUUGUACUUCCAUCAAGCCCUCUUCACAUGUCUGUUCAUGUCACCUGUAGAAGAUCAGCUAUUCCAGGAGCAUUUAUUGAAAACUGAUUGUAAGAGUGGAAUUGAUAUCAUCUGUAAUACUGAAAAAGAAGGCAAGACCAUGUUAGCCUUGCAGCUCUGUGAGUCCUUUCUUGUCUCACAGCUCCAGCAUGGAGAUAUGUACUGCAUCUGGGAGUUGAUUUUCAUAUGGAGUAAACUACAGCUUAAGUCUAAUCCUUCAAAACAAGUUUUUGUAGAUCAAUGCUACCAGCUUUUAAGAACAGCAACUAAUGUGAGAGUCAUAUUUCCUUUCAUGAAAAUCAUUAAAGAUGAGGUUGAAGAAGAAGGCUUGCAAAUUUGUGUUGAAAUAUGUGGUUGUGCUCUACAACUAGAUCUUCAUGAUGAUCCCAAAACUAAAUGUCUAAUUUAUAAAACAAUUGCACAUUUUUUGCCAAAUGAUUUGGAGAUUCUCAGGAUUUGUGCACUCUCAAUAUUUUUUCUCGAGCGUUCCUUGGAAGCGUAUCAUACUGUUGAAAGGCUGUACAAACGUCCAGAUGAAGAAUAUAACGAAGGCACAAGCAGUGUUCAAAAUCGUGUUCGCUUUGAAUUACUUCCAAUUUUGAAAAAGGGGUUGUUUUUUGAUCCUGAAUUUUGGAACUUUGUAAUGAUUAAGAAAAACUGUGUAGCAUUAUUGAGAGAUAAAUCAGCAGUUAGAUUUUUAAAUGAAAGUACACUGGAAAAUUCUACAGGUAAUCUCAAAAAGACAGUGGAACGGCAAGGUUUAGAUGAAGGGCUUCACUCUCUUACGGAUCAGACCACUGGAGAGUUGGACUUUGAUGAUAUAUAUGGAGUGCAGUCUAAAGGUCAUGCUAAUACAAAGAAAAACUUUACAGCUCUGAAUGCUUCCAGAGUCGAUCACAAUGUCCCAAGGCAUCGGUGUGUGUUAUGUAACAAAGAGUUUCUAGGUGGUCACAUUGUAAGGCAUGCCCAGGCUCAUCAGAAAAAAGGCAGUUUUUCAUGUGUAAUAUGUGGUAGGAAAUUUAGAAACAGAGGACUUAUGCAGAAGCAUUUAAAAAAUCAUGUUAAGAAAAUACAGAGACAGCAAAUAGCUGUAGCUCAAAAGGAAGAUCAGGAAAUUCCUGCUUUGGAAGAAAUAAAUUGUUCUGAUUCUUCCAUUUCAUUUGAAAAUGGGAAUUCUGAUAAGAAUUUGGAAGUACAGCUGCUUACUGUUUCCACUGAUGGAAACAAAGAAGUCAUCCCUGAGCAUGUGGCUGAAUUCAUUGAAAUUCCUGUAAGUGUAUCAGAAGAAGUUAUGGAAAACACUAUUAAAAAUGGCAGUCCUGAUACUCCUUUAAAUAACGUCCUGGAGCCUUUACCUGAAUGCGAAGAUGACGAAGAAGAGGAAGAAGGCGAUUAUGAGGAAGAUGAUUAUGACCUGAAUCAAGAAACUUCAGUACUUCAUAAAAUCAAUGGGACUGUGUGCCAUCCAAAAGACAUAUAUGCUACGGAUCAAGAAGGAAACUUUAAGUGUCCGGCUCUUGGCUGUAUCAGGAUAUUUAAAAAAAUUGGAUUUCUAAAUAAGCAUGCAAGGACUGUACAUCCAACUGAUUUAAAUGUGCGGCAAACAGUAAUGAAGUGGAGCAAAGGAAAAUGCAAAUUUUGUCAGAGGCAAUUUGAAGAUUCUCAGCAUUUUAUAGAUCACCUUAAUAGACACAGCUAUCCAAAUGUGUACUUUUGUUUGCAUUUUAAUUGCAGUGAGUCCUUUAAGCUGCCAUUGCAGCUUGCUCAGCACACAAAAAGUCACAGGAUGUUUCAAGCUCAGUGUAGUUUUCCAGAAUGCCAUGAGCUGUUUGAAGAUCUUCCUCUGCUCUAUGAACAUGAAGCUCAGCACUAUUUAAGUAAAACACCAGAAUCAUCUACACAACCAAGUGAAUCAAUUCUUUGGGACGUUCUUAGGGACUCAAAUGCUAAUCAUCAGGAGACAGACUCAUCCAGUAAUGAGAAGCAAACUAUUAGUCUGCCGGUUUCUACUAGCAAAUCAAGGAAGGAUUAUACAGAACCAAAGACGUGUAUAGAAACUAUGGAAAAGAAAACAGAUAGCUUAGUUCAGAAUGGAAAUGAACAUUCUGAUGACGCUGUUUCAGAUACAAGCUUGACAGACCAAAAGAUGCCUGAUGUGGAGCCAAAUUCUGGCAAUAAUUGUGCCAUUAACGAUCAGUUAGUCAAUGGACACGGUGAAAUAGAACAGACACCUUUAGUUUCGUCAGAUCCUGCUUUGAAAACUGAUAAAAAUAGAACCAGGACAGAAAACGGUUCCAUUUUACCCCGUGUUGUACCACAGGAACACAAUACUCUGCCAGUAUCUCAGGCACCUUCCAAACCAAAUUUGACAAGUGAACAUACUUCUUAUGGCUUAAUUUUAACAAAGCCAUAUGUCAGACCAUUGCCUCCCAGUUACCUUGAUGAACGAUACCUUAGUAUGCCAAAACGCAGAAAAUUUCUGACUGAUAGAGUAGAUGCCUGUUCUGAUCAAGAUAAUGUUUGUAAAAAGUCAGUGAAAAGAUUAAGAUGUGGCAAAUGCCUGACCACCUACUGUAAUGCAGAAGCACUUGAGGCUCACCUUGCACAAAAGAAAUGUCAGACACUCUUUGGAUUUGAUUCAGACGACGAAAGUGCCUGAUAAAAAUGUUUCAGAAAGAUCUGUCUAUCAAGCAGUAGUAUGAAAAAAGCACUACAAGAAAAUGCAUCAUCAGUUUGCUAUUUCCCUGAUGGCCUUAAUUUUAGAACGGUCUUGGAUUACUAAAGAGAAAGGCGCAAAGCACAUUUUUAGAAUGAACUUGCAGAGAUGUGCUGAUUUAGACUCCUUAAGGGUCAUUACAGAACCCCCAAAGUACCAGUUAUCCAGAAAACCACGUUUAAAAAAAGUUUACGAUAAUUAACAGCAGCACGUUCAGUUUCGCUUAUGUGAGGAACACGUUCAGGCGACUAGUCACAGAGAAAAACCAGCUAUGGCCUUACGGAAAGGGAAGUUAACCCAUUAAAAAAAGGAGGUUGGUUUAUGAUUAAAAAAAACAAAUGGGAUUUGUUUUCUUUUUAUGCAUAAUCAGAUUAUGUCCUCCCAUCUGGUCAAACGUGGUUUAAGGAACCAUUGCUGUUUGGUUCCUGUUAUAAUUUAGAAAUUGACACAUGAAAAUAAAACUUGAUUUAUCACCAUGUUACCCAUUAAAUACUGUAAACUUGUUUCCAGAUGAUUAGACAGACAAAAUUCAACGAAGGGCAUGCCAACAUUGAAAACUAAAAAAAAAAAAAAAGUUUU